AAGAAUUUACCGGACACAUUUUUCGGGGGAAAAAAGAAAAAGAAAAAGGAGAUGCUGAUGCAGAUGCUUGAGGUGGCUGUGUGAGUCGUGACCAAACAAAUUGGUGUCGCUUCGUUCAUCGUGUUAGGGUUUGCACCUUCACACUCUCACCCUCCUCGGAGCUACAAAUUAUCCCUUUUUCUGUCAACAGAUUAUUCCAAAUUCUCUUGUGCUAUCGUUUCGGCAACUCGCGAAAUCGAUUGCUAGGUUUUGUUCUUUCGGUUCCUUGAUUUCUGGUCUUGGCUUUGUGAGGUUGAUGGCACGUCUUUUUUUCUGAGCCAAUGCUUAACAUCUUCUGAGGCUUUUCAGAAUGUGUGUGUAUAUUCCUGAAUCAUAGAAGUAUGGUGUUAUUCAUAUAGCUUGGGAUACUCAUAUUUCGUGAUUGCAGCUCUUCCUGUACCGUAACUUGGGAAAUAGAAGUUUGAUAUUUUGGUGUCUUUCUUCAAUGGGAGAUGCUGAGAAUUCCCUUCCAUCAUCAAAGAAAAGAGCUGCUGGAAGGGAGCUCACUCGAGAUACUCCUCUGGAUGAUGAGGAAGAUAGCCCUGAGCUUGAUGCUGGAACUUUCAAGAGGGCCAGUGAUGAGGUUCUGGCAAGCAGAAGAAUAGUCAAAGUUCGUCGCCAGCACACCAAUUCUGCCCCUGCUUCAAAUCCAUUUGCUGGAAUACGCUUGGUUGCUCCUACUGAAUCCAAUGCUAAUCCUGGUGAAGUUACUGCUGAAACCCAAGAAGCUGGUGAGAAUACUGUUGCAGAUUAUUCAAAAGGUAGUGACAGUAUAACCAAAGAGUCUGAGAAAGCGAAAGAUGAAGAAGGUAAGCAGUCAGAGACAGAGAGCAAAACCCAUGAAGUGGAGGAUAAAUGUGCUGGAAAUAAGGAUGCUGCAGAAGGAAUCAAUGCAGAUAAGGAGAAUAAUGGUGACAAAUCUGAGGUAGAUGUUGAACAAAGGAAGGAUGGCAAUAAAAGUGAAAAUGAUGACAAGAAGGAUGCUGCUGAUAAGGAGACUGCCAAUGAGGUUGAUAAAGAACAAAUUAAGGAUGAAAAUACUGAGAACUAUGAUAAGAAUAACAAUGGUGAAAACAAGGAUAAGAAAGAUGACAAAGUUGAAAGUGAAGAGCCUAGUGCCGAAGGCGGUACCUUGAAGUCAUUUCAACAACUCUCGCAAAGUCAAAAUGCCUUCACAGGUCUUGCUGGAACUGGAUUUUCUUCUUCCUUGUUUUCCUUUGGGUCUAUGUCAAAUGAUGGGUCUGCUUUGGGCAGCGGGUCUGGUUCUAUUUUUGGGAUGAAAAAUGACAAGCCUCUUGGUCUAGGCUUAUCCAACAAUGGAAGUUCUGGUUUUGGGGCUGCUGUUUCCAAGAGUGAUGGAAGUGGUUUCUCAACUCUGCAAGAAGUUGUCAUUGAAACUGGUGAAGAAAAUGAGAAAGUGGUUUUUAAUGCAGAUUCAGUAUUGUUUGAAUUUGUGGAUGGGAGUUGGAAGGAACGAGGCAAGGGAGAAGUGAAGGUGAAUGUAACUAGUGGAACAGAAAAAGCCCGACUACUUAUGAGGUCUAGGGGAAAUUACAGGUUGAUUUUAAAUGCUCGUCUAUACCCUGAUAUGAAGCUCACAAAUAUGGACAAGAAAGGUGUUACUUUUGCUUGCAUCAAUAGUGCCACCGAAGGGAAGGAUGGUCUUUCAACAUUUGCUUUGAAGUUCAAAGACGGGUCCAUAGUGGAGGAGUUUAAAGCUGCUAUCACGGCACACAAGGGUGAGACAUCCACAGUUCUCAAGAUUGCAGAAAAUUGUCCCGAGGCUUCUGAUGUUUGAGAUAUAUGUCACUCACUGGAUACUCAAUUUUCUCACAAACUCCCUCCCCUUAGUUGUUAUUUUACGAAUAGAUACGGUUCAGAAUGUAUUUUCAUGGCGCCUUAGUAUGACAAAAUUUUAUCAUAUUUGAGACUAGUUGUACUUUAAUUUGAGUCAAACCUCCAUGUUAUAGAGGGAUAUGAUUUUGGAUAAAUCUUGAAUUUAGAAUAAGUAGCACGUUAACAGUCGAACGUUCAAUACGACUACUGCAUUUACAAUUGCUGGAAAGAGUGCAUGACUAUUUUUUCUCUAAGCACUUUUUCUUUGUUACGACGAACUAGGAGACAAACAGAGUCAUCGCUUUUCACGGCAUGUUGGUUUUCCAUUUUGUUACCACUAACAUGGUCUCAGUGCUAUACACAGUUAUGU